UUUAUUUGUCUUGGGUGUUAAGUUAGUAAAAGUAAAAUAAAAAAUAAAUAAAAACAUACGAUGAUAUUGGGACGACGACACUGAAAGUCCAAAUGGAAUGGGUCCGAGUAAUCAUCAUGGCUAGUUAGCAUGGCUAAUAGUCUAGGAUAUAGGUAAUUUAGAUUAAUUGAUGUUUUUUGUGAAUAUUGCACUAUUGUUAUAAAAUAAAUGCUUUCGAUUAGGCUUUGUAGACGUUAAUAAAUUAAAUUAUAAUUCAAAUUAAGUUAUGUGAGCUGUAUACUUUAUGAAACUGCUAGCUUAACAGUCUAGGCGUGAUUCAUUUAUUUAGUAUAGAUUUCAUGUUGACACUUGGAGAGACAGUACAACUCCAAAUCUUAUUAGUAUUAGUACUCUGACAUUGGGGACCUUUUACAUCUCCAGAUUUAAUGUAUUAUUUACCAUAGAGACAAUAUGUCUCUGUUUUACUGUAGUCAUUAUUUAUUUUAAGAUAAUUAUAAUGUAAUGUUUACCUAGGUAUUGGCCGUUGUAUUUGUAAAUGUUGUUAUAUUUUUUUCAUGUCACUACAUGAUGUUACUAUAAAUGUUGUAUUGACUUGUAAAAGAGUCCUUGAGGUCUACUUGCAGAUUUACUUUUAGAAUUUUGAAAUUCGUAUUGCUUAGUUAAAAUACUUUAUUUUGUAAUAUACUGAUAUGAAAUGAGUAAAUCUAAAAUGUAACCUAAUGGUAAAUGUAGGUGAGCAAAGGGACUUGCUCUAGCAGGAUGGCCGAGCUGUAAGGAUACUGUUUAGUUUAUAUAGAUAUUUUGUCAUUAUAAUACAUUUUUCUAGAUUAAAUAAGCUAACUAUAGUAUUAAAAGUAUUUGUAACGAUCGAUCACGUGAAGAGUCACGUGAUCGAUCCCUCCAUCUUAAAUAUUGAACGAGCAUUCGGGAGGUGACAUUCGAACGAUGACAGUCGAACGAUGACAGUCGAUGCAAAUUACAAGUGGUUACGUUGAUUGUAUUAUUAGCAGGUCAGUACGUUUUGUUUUGUUAGAACUCGAUACAAUAUAAUUGCUUGUCUGAGCGACAAGCGUACUACUGUCGUGUGGUUAGUUAGAUUGGAAGAGGUUAUAUUCAUUGUGCCAAAUAAAUGUAUUUUGAUCACACCUACCGUUCUUUUAAUAUUAUGGUUAGACCCCUUAUAAGUGGAUGACCAAACAAUAGCGGGGAUCAGAAAUACAUUAAACAAAAUUGUGGUGGCAUUGGAGAAGUCUAAGACUAAUCCACCGCUACAAAAGGACCAUACUGCCACCACAGAUGCCUUCAUUUCAAUAGAAAACAGACCUCGAUACCACAGAGGGAAAAGGAUACACACACAGACAACAUCCCUUCACAAAAUGGAUAACACACCCAGGAACAACAAUAGGAAAAGACCAGCUAAGUCUAAUACUGACAGAGAAAUGAAGAAACCCAAGUUGAGUUGCAUAUUUUGCUUGGGACCGCACUUUAAUGAUACAUGCCCAUCUUAUAAGACACCUGAUGACAGAAAGAAGAAACUAUCAAACCGAUGUUUUAUGUGCUUAAAGUUAGGGCAUCGUGCACAUGAAUGCAGGAGACAUAAGAAAUGCUAUCACUGCAAGGGCCACCACAACCGAGCCCUAUGCCCAAAGAGAGAACCAGGUAAGAGUGAACCACACCAUGCUGUUACGCUGAACUCAACUGGCCAUUGUUUUAAGCGGAAAUCUUUUUUACAGACUGCAACAGCGCAGGUGGUUCACAAAACCAAGACCCUAAAUUGUAGACUCCUUCUUGACUCCGGUAGUUCAAGAAGCUAUAUUACCACGGACUUGGCAAAACACCUGGAUUUGACAUCAGCAAAUGUAGACUAUUUACUAAUAUUUAUUUUUGGAACCGACAAGCCUAAUGAGACUUUGAGUCCUUGCACAGAUAUUACUAUCAAGACAAAAAGAGGAGUAGAAAAAAGUAUCCAUGUGAAUGUUGUUCCUCGCAUUACUGAUAGGAUACCAAUUCAAGAGAUUCCUAAAAUAGAUAUUGUGGAUAUACCAGCAGAUAGUUACUCAAAGAAUCAAUCAGUAAACAUGCUCAUUGGUAACGAUUACUACUUCUCCUUUAUCAGGAAUAACAAGAUACAGAUUGACACCGAUCUUUACCUAAUAGAUACAGAUUUCGGAUGGAUCAUGUCUGGACACCAUGAUAAGGACAAUCAAGAGAAUGAUAACAUCUUAGCAGUUGUUACCUACUACCAAAACAAUGUAGGAUGUAAGUGUUACACAGAACCUGACCUCCCUUUAAGACAAUCGGAUUUAAAGUUCCUUUGGAGUUUAGAGAACAUAGGAAUAACUGACUCAGUAAAGGGUACUAGAGAGGAAGAGGCAGUUAGAAACUUUAAUGACACUGUCAAGUAUCAAGAAGGUCGUUACUAUGUAAAAUGGCCAUGGACAACAUACCCACCACAUGUACCUACUAACUACGGGUUAGCAUACGGAAGACUCAAGGGAUUAGUACAGCGAUUGGAUAAGCCCACACUGCAAGAAUAUAAUGAAAUAUUGAUGGAACAACUUAAGGCCGAGAUAAUAGAAGUUGUUCAAGUGGAUUCAGAUGUUCGAAACCAGUCUGUGCCUCCAAUUAACUACCUGCCACAUCAUAUAGUAAAACAGAGUACCAAGCGCGGUCGUAUAGUAUAUGACGGUUCAGCAAGGUUAAAGGAUCAGCAAAGCCUUAACGAGUGCUUGUAUAAAGGACCUUGUAUGCUUCAAGACCUGACGUCUCUGCUCCUGAAUUUUAGAAUACAUAAAAUAGGUAUAAUUGCAGAUGUUGAAAAGGCCUUUUUGCAAAUUGGUCUACAGGAAGAAGACAGGGAAGUGACAAGAUUCUUAUGGCUAAAGGACAUCAACAAACCACUAUCCGAUGAAAACAUACUACACCUAAGAUUUUGCAGAGUGCCUUUCGGAAUUAUUUCCAGCCCUUUCUUACUGACGGCAACUAUACGUUACCACAUUUCUCAAAAGGAUAGCAUGCUACUCAAGAAGGUAGCAAAUAAGUGUUAUGUUGAUAAUUUGGUGACUGGCACAGACACUUUAGAAGAAGCUGUCCAACUAUAUGAUGAAUCCAAGAAGGCAUUCGAAGAGCUCUCUAUGAACCUAAGAGAUUGGACAUCAAAUGAUAAAGCUUUCAGUCGAAAAGUACCACAAAAAUAUAGAGCUAAAGAGUCAGACAAAAUCAAAGUCUUAGGGUUGCUGUGGAAUAAAGAGCAAGAUGUACUUACUUUGAACAUAAAUAAAGAAGUGUUUACUGAUAGAUCAACAGACAAAGUUACAAAAAGGGAAGUUUUAAGUAUAUUAGCAUCAUUAUAUGAUCCUUGCGGUAUAGUCUCUCCACUACUUAUGCCAAUAAAACUGUUUCUUCAGGAAUUAUGGAGAAAAGACUAUAAAUGGGAUUCACCAGUAUCGCAGGAGCUGUUACUAAAGUGGAAGAAAAUUGAGAAGAACCUAAGUGAUAUAAAAGAAGUUGAAGUACCACGAUAUGUUGAGGCAAAUGUCAAUAAAGGAUCUGAAAAUGAGUUACAUUGCUUUGCAGAUGCAGCUAAAGACUCAUACGCAGCUGUUGUAUACUUACGGUCAAGUGACGGCUCCAACAUUAAGACAUCAUUUUUAUUGUCAAAAAAUAGAGUUGCUCCAUUGGAUAAGAAAAUGAAAGAUGGUAAGAAAACUGAAAGAAAAAUGACUAUUCCACAAUUAGAACUACUCGGCUGUGUUAUUGGAAACCGCUUACUGACAUACAUAAAAGAGACUAUAGAACUCCCCAUUACUAGACAAUACCUGUGGACAGACAGUUUCGUGGCUCUCAACUGGAUUCACUCGAAUAAGCUUUUACCACCAUUCAUAGCCAACAGAACAGAAGAAAUAAAGCGAAAUGUUGGCUUAGAAACAUACUAUGUAAAUACUAAAGAGAAUCCAGCUGAUAUUGCAACGCGACCUGAACUUUGGAUUCAAAAGAAGAGUGUAUGGCUAGAAGGACCAGCCUUCUUGUCCAAAGAAAAGAGUAAAUGGCCAAAAGAUAUUCAUCUUAAAAGCCAUCAAGAAGUAGCAUCUUUUCCUGCAGUAUUAGAGGGUCCGAAGGAUCAAUCUUCAGAUAUUGAUAUACCUUUGGAAUCGGUUAAUGAUAAUGAACAAAGGUCUGACCAGAAUGAAGUAACAUCUCAGGUUAAAGAAAUAAAAAACCUACAACAAAGAUUCUUUCCAGAUGAAAUAAAAGGCAAACGGACAGACCUCAGUAGAAAUCUUGGGCUAUUUACAGAUGUUGACGGAUUGUUGAGAUGCAAAGGACGAAUGAUGCAUGCUAAUUGGUCAUAUGACAUGAGGUAUCCAGUUCUUUUGCCUAGGGACUGCGAAUUCACAAAGAAAGUAGUAAAAGAAAUACAUGAGAAGAAUUACCAUGUAGGAGCACCUCAUACUCUCGACUUAGUUCGCCAGCAAUACUGGAUUCCAAAAGGAAGACCGGUUGUGGAGAAAAUACUAAGGAAAUGUACUCAAUGUGUAAAGCACGGUGGAGGCCCGUACCCACUACCUCCAACACCGGCUUUACCAGCAGAACGUGCGAAUUAUAGCACACCAUUCACUUAUACCGGACUUGAUUAUUUUGGACCUGUCUAUGUGGCAACUGAAAAUGGACAGCAAAAGAGAUGGAUUUGUCUUAUGACUUGUUUAGCUGUAAGAGCAAUACAUUUGGAAGUUGUUAAGAAUUUGACUGCAGAUGAGUGUAUUAUGGCACUGAGAAGAUUUAUGUCAACAAGAGGAGUACCAGUAGCCAUAGUCUCGGACAAUGCACUAUACUUCAAAUUGAGCUCUGAAAUCCUGAAGAGUGACUACUGCAUCAAGAAUAACAUCAAAUGGAAAUUUAUUCCCCAAUUAGCGCCAUGGCAUGGUGCAUUUUAUGAAAGAUUAGUGGGGUUAGUGAAGCAUUGUAUGAAGAGAACUUUGGAGAAACUGCUACUGAAUGACACACAACUUCUUACUGUCAUUAAGGAGAUUGAGGCUGUUGUUAACAGUCGGCCUUUGACACGAGUAGGUCCUGACAUGGAUAUAGUUCUGAGACCAUGUGACUUUCUAUCUCUAGGACGUUGUCUAAACUUGGAGAUAUCAGAGAGUUAUAGACCUGACCAAGAUGACACUCGGGCGAAACAGAACUUGUUAGACAGUUGGAAAAGAGGUCAGAACAUGUUGAAGCACUUCAAGAACAUGUUUAUAAAUCAAUACUUGACAAGCCUAAGAGAAAGGUACCAACAUAGUCAUAAACAACCAAGGGUGAAAUCACACAAGGAACCGAGUGUUGGAGAUCUAGUUCAGAUAAAGGGCGAAUCUAAAAAUAGAAACACCUGGAGGGUUGGCAAAAUCGUCCAACUAAUAAGAGGUUCCGAUGGAUACUGUAGAGUGGCUCAAGUUCAAGUAGGAGGAAGUAUUUUCACAAGGUCUAUCGGGCACCUGUAUCCCUUAGAAUUGGAAGAGCCACCUUCGGCACCAGUAGAGACGAUUGAGACGGUAGAGCCUCAGCCAAGCGUUAUAGACACUAUACAAAACGAACUUGGUACUACUGAUAUAGAUGAGAUGCUAGAAGAGACUGAGCAAAGAGAAAUCUCGACAGAAAGUCAAGGAAGUGCAGAUAUAGUUUCUAAUCAUGACACAGAAGAGAGAGAGAGUAACACAGAAAAUUCUGAGGAGAGGAUGUCAACUACAUCACAACAACCAGAAGAGGAUAGUUUAAAGACUUCUCAUCCAACCGAUAUCAUUAGUGAUGUACCCGAUAUAGAGACGCAAGAAGAGAGUCAACCACAAGAGGUGACGAGGCGAGCUGCGGCUAUUCGAGCACGAGAAAAGAUCGCACAAUGGACUCGUCAGCUUUUCGCCUUUUUGUAAAUCAGCCUCGUAGCUGGGAGUGUCGCGAAUCCACGCGAUUCCUAAUAAGCAGUUAUGGAAGAACACAUGAUGAAGGAUUUGAAUAGAGAUGUAGUAGAAGUUAAUUAGUUUGAAGAUUGUGUGAGUGCUGUAAGCCAGAGAGAUAAUGUGUUAAGCCAGAAGGAUCCCCCUGGUGAGUGCUUAUGAUUAUUAUAAUGAGCGAAAUAUGUUGUGAGGUUAAGUAAGAGUAAAAUCAUGGUGGCAAGGGAAGGUCUAUUGGGGAAGGUGGUAGGACCUCCAGGGACCUGCGGGUCCCACAUAAGACGAUGAGAGUAGAGAAACCGUGAUGGCAAUGAGUCGGAUCCAUUAAGAGGGGAUUCACCACUAUGAGUGGCUCUCGAUCUGACUCAUGGUGCCAUCUACGGCUCUCAUCUAUAGUACUUAGUAAGCUCAUGAAAGCUAUUAACCUCUCAGCGUAAGUCACUCAAGUUCUUGUCGCACAUUUAGAUAUUAAGGUAAAAUAUAAACUAUAUCAUAUAUACAUCAUAUGACAAUUUAUUAUCUAAUUGAGUUUGAUGUGGCGACACA